GGAGCCCCGGGUCCCCAUUGGGGGCUCGGGGCGGCCGCUGGCGCCCCCUGGCGGCGGCACCGGGACUCUGCGGGGGGAGGAAUGCAGCGCCUUCGGCCCUUCCCGGCUUCCUUCGGCCUUUCCCGGCCCCUUUUCGGCUUUUUCCGUCCUCACUCGGCCCUUUCCGUCCACUUAGCCCCUCUCGACUCCCUUCGGCCCUUUCCGCCCUGUCCUCGGCCCUUUCCGCUUCCCCUCGGCUAAUUCCGCCCGUCCUCGUCCAUUUCCGCCCUCUCCUCGGCCCUUUCCGUCCCCCCUCGGCCCUUUCCGUCCCCCGGUGCCGCCGGUGCCAUGGCCGGUGGUCGCCGUUCGCCGCCCGCUCCGUGCUGCCCGGGGCGAGAGGCGAUGUCCGCUCCGUGCUGCCCGGGGCGGGUGGCCGUGCCCAGCGUGCACCAGAGCCUGUCCGAGAUGGACUUCGAGCGGGGGAUCUGGGCAGCGGCGCGGGACGGGGACGAGGCGCGGGUGCUGCAGCUGCUGGAGCGGAGCGGGGACCCCGCGGAGCCCGACUUGGCGGGGUACACGGCCCUGCACUACGCCAGCCGGAACGGGCACCUGGGCGUGUGCCGGCUGCUGCUGGAGCGGGGCGCUCCGUGCGAUGCCCGCACCCCCGGCGGUGCCACCCCGCUGCACCGCGCCUGCUACUGCGGCCACCGCGCGGUCACCGAGCUGCUGCUGGCACACGGCGCCGACCCCGCGGCCACCGACAGCGACGGCAGAACCGGCCUGCACAAGGCCGCUGAGCAGGGACACCGCGAGCUCUGCGCCCUCCUCCUGCGCCAGCGCCCGGCCCUCGCUUCGCUCCGCGAUGCCCGCGGCCGGACCCCGCGGGACGGAGCCCACCCGGCCGUGAGGGACCUGCUGGACACCUGAGGGGACCCGGGACAGCCGGGCCCGCUCCUGGGCGCGCUGCCGGUACUGCCGCUACUUCCAUGUUCCGCCUGCAGGCCCCGCCCACUGCCCUCCCGCCCAACCAAUCACCUUCCACCUCCCUCUUCCCGCAGCCAAUCACACUCCGCCUUUUCCUGUGGUCCCGCCUCGCAGCCAAUCACAUCCCGCCUUUUUCCUGUGGUCCGGCCUCGCAGCCAAUCACCGCCCGCGAUACCCCCCGAGGGGCGGAGCCUCGCGGUGUAAACAACCCCCGGUGGGGGGGGGGGGGAACUUAAAGGCGCCGCGUCCUUUAAAGCGGCCCCGGUACCGGGCCCCUCCCCCGGUGCCCCGGACCCCCCGCACGGCACCGAGCACACCCAGGUACAGAUAUAGAAUCUUUAUUAACCCAUCUGGCAAAAAAACCCCCUCCAAAAACCCCAUGAAAUCAAAUUCCACGGUCGGUUUCACAACCGGGGGGAGAGGGAGGGGGAGAGGGGGAGGGGCAGAACCGGGAGGGGAGGCCCCGCCCCCCCCGCCCCUCCCCCCGGAGCUCCCCAAAAAUACAAAUCAAACCUGAACAAUAAAUAGGAAUUCCCGGGGGGUGAGGGGGAGAAAAAGGAGGGGUUUGCAUAGAGGAAGAUUUAAUAAAAAAGUUUUUUUUGUUGGUU